CGUCACAUUGUUGGACACAUGUGGUCCGGACCCCUGCAGUCUGAGGAGCAGCUCGGUGCAGCAGGAUGUCGGAUCUGAAGAGGCUGAGCUCGCUGGUCCGGCGGCGUCAGGAUGCGGCUGCCGGUCGGAUCUCGGAGUUGAUGGACGGAGCGCUGGCGGAGUACAAGAAGCAGAUCUCCCGUUUGAAAGAAGACAACGAGCGACAGAGGAAGCUGCUGGACGCGGUUUUACACCCCGGAGCCCGGCUGUGCCCGACAGUGUUGCCCAAGCAGCUGCUGGUGUGUAAAGAAGAGAAGCAGGAGUGGAGCCCCAGUGUGGACCAGAAGCAGCCAAAGCCACCACACUUUAAAGAGGAGCAGCAGGAGCUCUGGGCCAGUCAGGAGGCAGAGCAGCUUCAAGAUAUCAACGUCCCAUUCACCGAUGUCACUGUGAAGAGUGAAGAUGAUGGAGAGGAAGCUGGACCCUCACAGCUUCAUCCAAGCCAAACUGAGGAGAGCAGAGAGGCAGAGCCUCCGGCCAGCAGCUCCACUGUAAAGAUGGAAACAGAAGCUGCUGGAGAGGAACCGGCCGGGAACACAGAUCCAGCUGCUGAUUUCCAACCAGCUUGUAAUGGCCAGCUCCUCUCCUCACACUCCUCUGACUCUGAGGCUGAUGACAGUGAAGAGGACAUGGUGAACAAAAACACAAGCGCAAAACAGCGGAAGUGCUUUGCUGGUGGUCCAAGCUUUAAACAAAGACGGAACAUAGAUAAGCACAUGAUGAUUCGCGCGAGAGAAAAACCAUUCAGCUGCCCAUUUUGCGGUCAUAGGUUUUCAUUGAAAAGGGACUUAAACAGACACAUUAGAGUCCACACAGGAGAGAAACCUUUUAGCUGCUCAGUUUGUCAUAAACGUUUUAGUGAUAAAACGUACAUAAAAGUACACAUGACACUUCACACAGGAGAGAAAACAUUUAGCUGCUCAGUUUGUCAUAAAGGUUUUACAGAUAAAACUAACCUAAAAGUACACAUGAGAAGCCACACAGGAGAGAAACCAUUUAGCUGCUCAGUUUGUCAAAAAAGUUUUAGAUAUACAGCUAACUUAAAAGUACACAUGAGAGGCCACACAGGAGAGAAACCAUUUAGCUGCUCAGUUUGUCAUAAAAGUUUUAGAUAUACAGCUAACUUAAAAGUACACAUGAGAGGCCACACAGGAGAGAAACCAUUUAGCUGCUCAGAAUGUUACAAAAGCUUUUCAGAUAAGCGUGUUUUAGACAGGCACAUGAGAGUCCACACAGGAUAGAGACAGCUCAGCUUCAGUGUGUCUGAGUGAUGUUACAGCCAGUGUGGACAUCUUAAACAGCACAAGUGUGAUGGUAAGAGCUGCAGAGCUGCUGCUUCAGCUGGACUGUUCAACAGGACAAUAAAGCAGAGAACUUGCUGAGAGUCCAUCGCCCAGGACGAGCAAAGUCACACCCUUCUCAGUCAUUUUUGUGGUUGGAGAUGCAGCCACUCCUGAACACUGCUCACACACAUCUUGUGUUACUGCAGGCUCAUGCGAGAGAGCAAUUCUUUCUGCUGGUGUUUGGCUCAAAGUCAAGUUUCUGUUCCCAUGUCGAUUUGAUUUUCUGUUACAUAUUUCUUUUUUGAUGGAGUUCUGUGGUUACACACUUGACUCUAAUGGGGGACAUUUUCAAUGUGUUAAUGGUGAACAGUUCAACAGUGAGGGGAAAUCUUUACGCUUCAGCUCACCAAGAUAUUUUGGACAAUUCUCUGCUUACAGCUUUGUGGGAACAGUUUGGGGAAGGCCCUUUUCUUUGCCAGCAUGACUGAGCCCCAGUGCACAAAGCAGCCCCAUAAAGGCGUGGCCGGCUGAGUUUGGUGUAGCUUGAGCGGCCCGCACAGAGCCCCGACCUCAACCCCAUCCUACACCUUUGGUAUCAAGUAGAACAGAGAUUGCGAGCCGUAUAUAUGUUAAUAAAACCUUAAUUGAAUUUGUCCUGAUGUCAUUUCUCCAGACGUGUUUCAGUGUAAUUGUAUAUACUCAUGUUUUUUUUUUCUCUGGUGGGGGUGAGUGUCCUCUUGAUGUGAUAUUUACAACUUGGGACACUUAAAUUCUCCACAAACCAACAGCCCAGUCCAGUUACCGCAUUUUUGACAUUGUACCCAUUUGUGUAACAUCUCUGCAAAAGUCCCUGUGUCCUUUGAUCCUUCUCAUAAUGCUAUUCUAUCCGGACAUGAGACUGAGAAAAUAUUAGCAUUAAAAACAACGUAUCUGGCUUCAGUCGUGGUUACAUGUGGGCUGAAUGACCACUCAGGUGUGUUGCCAAUUUAAGGAUUUCUAGUCAGGGCAUGACCAAAGCUGGCAGGAGUCAGGAAAUACUGGGACCCAAAUGCAAAGGCAGAGGCAGGCAGAGCAGAGUAAAUGCACUUUUUUUUUUUUUUUUACUGUA